ACGUGACCAUGAAGAUAUGCAUAAAAGGUUGCUAUAUAUAUAUUUAGCAGAGUGAAGCACUUCUUUAUUCACAGUGUCAUUUUAUACGCUGCACGUGAUAGUGAAUAUUUCUCGAAAUAAAUGUGAUCUCGUGUGUUUACGAAUCAGGUCUUCUGGCAAUGGAGAUGUGGACAAGAAUAAGUUCCGCAAGAAGUAUUUCAAAAUAGUCUGUACCUAUAUGUUGUAUUCUAUUGUGCAACUUAUAGAAUCGCAAGGAUCGUCUAAAUUAUAGAAAUGGACGUGAAAUUCAUUUUAAUCUCAUUGUCAUUAAUAUUUAUUAUAAUGUUAUCGGAAGCAAAACUGAUCCGGUCAAAAAGAAGCAUAUUUAUUAACAAAACACAGUUUCUGCUCAAUUUUGUUUUUCCUGAAGAACCCGGUAUAGUAAGAGUAAGAAACUCGGCAGAAGCCAGAGCAGCGAAUAAGGUGACCACGUUAGAUUUCAUUGGUUUGGUAGAACGAUAUGGCUACCCAAGCGAGGAGCAUCAUGUUACAACGGAAGAUGGAUAUAAUUUGAAAGUACACAGAAUACCUGGUAGUCCUCUGUCUAAUAGCCAACAAAAUAAAAUAGUUGUGUUUCUUAUGCACGGUAUUUUGUGUUCAUCCGAUUGCUGGGUGAUAUUAGGUGCUAACAAAGAUCUCGCAUUUCUAUUGGCUGAUCAAGGAUACGAUGUAUGGCUUGGAAAUUACAGAGGAAAUUCCUAUUGUAAAUCACACGUUGAAAUGUCUCCACGUGAUGCCAAUUUCUGGCAAUUUAGCUAUCAUGACAUAGGAACAAGAGAUUUACCGGUUAUGAUCGACUACGUACUUAAUUAUACAAAAUCCGAAACUCUGCAUUAUAUCGGUCAUUCAAUGGGAACUACCGUAUUAUUCGCUUUACUAUCCACGAAACCUGAAUACAAUGCAAAAAUAAGAUUAGGAAUUUGUUUUGCUCCGAUUGCCUUUUGGAAGGAAGUGCCUUCCAUAGCCACAUUUUUAAGUAACUUAGUGCCACAGCUUAAGAUAUUUUUCGAUAACAACAACAUAUAUGAAAUAGCUCCAUUGUCAUCGACAAGUGUCACGGUAGGAAGAAAAUUGUGUGCAGAUAAAGCAAUUACUCAAGCUUUCUGUAUUACAGUGGUGUUCUUAGCCGCAGGAUCCGAUCUGAUACAAUUUAAUACCACGGCAUUACCGGAAAUACUGUCGUAUUUUCCGGCCGGCACUUCUGUAAAGACUUUACUGCAUUAUUAUCAAAAUAUUAUUACAGGCGACUUUCAAAAUUUCGACUACGGACAUCUGGGCAAUUACGAGCGAUAUAAACAGACAACACCUGCGAGAUAUGAUGUAAAAAAAAUUACUGCACCUAUAGCUUUAUUUUAUGGCGUUAACGAUGCAGUUUCUCUGAAAUCAAAUGCCCUCUAUUUAUAUGAACAAUUACCAAAUGUUGUCUUGCUAGAAGAGCAUCCGUAUAAACUUUUAAAUCAUUUCGAUUUUUUGUGGGCCAUCGAUGCAAAAACUCUCUUAUACGAUCGAUUAAUAAAAACAAUGCAGAAGUUUGAUGUUGAAUUAGACUCGUACCGGUUUUAGUGACAUAAAGAUAUGUAUCCGAAGCACAACAAGCAGUUGUUUAUAAAUCAAACACUCGAAGUUUUGAGCUACAAAUUUAACGAAUUCACAUAUCGUCUAUAAUAAGACUUAACGACUGAAAAUCUCGAUUUAACACCAACGAUGAUUUAAAAUACAAGAAUAAUUAUAAUGUAUGUGUGUAAACAAGAAGAGAGAUUUAAUUAAUAUUAAAUAAUAUUAAAACUAAUAUAAAUCUCUCUUUUGUUUUAACAUAUAUCUCAUAAAAUUAUUACAGGAAUUAUAUUUAAAAUAUAAUGUUAGAGAAAGGUUUAUUUGUGUGAUUGUGUGCGUAUGAAUAUAAUUUAAUUUAUAAAUUUUUAUAUUUUCGGGGGUAAAGGAUAAUUGAUUUUUUUGAAAAUAGGAAUUUAUCCAAAUUGUUUGAAAUUUUUUUCUACAUAAAUAUGCAAGAAAAUAUAAAAAGAUAGUAUUAUAAAAAUAAGACACUUAUUUAUGCAUAUAUUAAAAUAUUGUUUAUUUUUUACUUUAAUAUACAUAUUAAAAUAAUCUCAUGUACAUAUCAAGAAAUGUAUCAAUGAAUGUAUAUAACCAA